AUGGUGUCCAGAACCCUCCCCAGGAUGGCCGGAUUCGUCUUCCGCGAAAACCGUGUUCCCUAUUACCAGCGUCUCUUCCAGAGACAUGACGGCAAGCGCAUCUGGGAAAAGACCCAUCGCAGCCCAUACCUCCUGUAUCCAUACUACAUUUCCCUCUUUGGCUCCUUCUUCGCAUCUUUCUAUGCCAUGUCCCGAACAGUCCUUGGCUACAAAACCUGGAUCUAA